CACCCAACAAAAGUACCACUCUUCUAGUAAAUCCAAGACAUGAACAAAAACAUUAACAUCGCGUCAGUCUUGUUAUGGGUUUUAUUGAUUGUAAUUCUGUAUUUUAUUAUAAAAUACAACUGGAGUAGACGAUGGCUCUACUACUAUGGGUCUAAAAUGGACGGCCCUUUCGCUUGGCCCAUCAUUGGAAGUGCCCAUAAAUUCAUCGGAGGACAAGAAGUUUUUUAUAAAAAAGUGACGGAUCAUUUAGAGAAAUACCCGUCAAUUUUUAAAUUCUGGUUGGGUAAAGAUUUAAUAGUGGUGACAUCGAGACCUGAAGACGUUGAAAUAAUCCUAAAUUGUUGUUUAGAAAAACCGAAAUUUUACGCCUAUGGAAAGAAAUUGCUCAGAAACUGUCUCUUCAUAGCGCCAGUUAAUAAUUGGAAGGGAAAAAGAAAAAUGGUAAAUCCUACUUUUAACUCGAAAAUUUUAAGUACUUUUACUGAAACUUUUGGGAAACAUGCAAACCGUUUAGUAAGCGUUUUUGAAGAAGAAUGUGGAAAAGAAACGUCGGAUGUUCUUUUAAAAAUAUUUAAAUGUACUUUGGAUACUGUUUGUGAAGCACUUUUUGAUGUUGAUUGUUCCUUACUUUAUGGGCAAGAAGAUUAUAUACGAAAAGUAAUAAGAAUAGAAGAUAUUAUUGCAAUCCGUUCAAUCAGUGUUUGGCUUCAAGUUGAUAUAUUUUGGAAAAUGUCAUCGCUGUGUAGAGAAAUGGACAAAGCAUGUGCAGAAACAUUUUCUUUCAUAAAACAAAUAAUAAAUUUGAAAAAAUUAAAACAAGAGGACAAAAAUCACCCUUUUACAAAUUUUUUACUAAACUUGAGUAAAAUUAAUGCAGAAAUUGAGGACGAGCUUCAAAAUAUUCUAAUUACUGGUAGCGAAAGUACUGCUCUCACAGUUGGCAUGACUUUGAUCGUAUUGGGAAUACAUCCCGAAGUUCAGAGAAAAAUUUCGGAUGAGCUCGAUUUAAUUUUUGAUCAUGACGAAAGAGAUCCGACAUUUGAAGACAUAAAUAAAAUGCAGUAUUUAGAAUGUGUGAUUAAAGAGACCUUGAGAAUUUUUCCAAUCGCACCGAUUAUUAUGAGAUCAAUUGAUCAAGACAUAAAAUUAGAACAGUGCACAUUCCCCGCCGGUAGUAUGGCCUUUAUUCCAAUUCACCACAUUGGAAAAAAGCCUGAAUUUUGGAAAGACCCAAACAAAUUCGAUCCUGAUCGAUUUUUACCUGAAAAUAACACCAAUCAACAUCGUUGUACUUUUAUUCCUUUUAGUUACGGUCCUAGGAACUGUGUAGGCAUGAAGUACGGUAUGAUGUCAAUGAAAGUACUCUUAGCAGCAAUUUUAAGGAAAUAUACAAUCAAACCGUCACAGUAUAAAAGUUUAGAAGAUAUUGAACUAAUAUUCGGAAUGCUUGCAAAACCGAAACAUGGUUAUAAAAUAAAAUUAGAGAAAAAAUAUUCAACUUUGAGUAACUCCAACACGAUGUCCGAAAUUGUCAACAUCUUGUCUGCUUUGACAUGGAUUUUUUCGGUUUUUGUCUUAUGUUUCAUUAUACAAUACAAUUGGAGUAGACGAUGGUUGUAUUAUUAUGGGUCAAAAAUAAACGGACCAUUCGGUUGGCCCAUUAUUGGAAGCGCCCAUUAUCUCAUGGGAGGCCAAAAAGUAUUUCAUAAAAAAAUCACUAAAACGUUAGAGUUGCAACCAUCAUUCUUUAAAUUUUGGUUGGGCAACGAUUUGUUGGUUGUGACUUCAAAUCCGAAAGAUGUUGAAUUUGUCUUAAAUACCUGUUUUGAGAAACCGAAAUUUUACCAAAAAUAUUCGUACAAAAUGAUAAGAAAUGGUCUUUUAACAGCUCCAGAAAACAUUUGGAGAAACAGGAGAAAAAUUAUUAAUCCGACUUUUAAUCCAAAAGUUUUAAAUUCGUUUAUGGAGAUUUUUGCACGACAUGCAAAUAAUUUGGUGGAUGGUUUUGAAGAAAAUUGCGGAAAAGAAUCGUUUGAUGCGUUUUAUACAUUGUUCAGAUGUACAUUAGAUAUGGCUUGUGAAACAUUUGCAGAUGUUGAUAGUACUUUAUUGCAAGGGCAAGACAAUUAUAUACGAAACAUAAUGAGAGUUGAAAAUCUGAUAGCAAUUCGUACAUGUUCUACUUGGUUUCACAUUGAUUUCAUUUGGGAAACCUCUUCUUUAAGUCGACAAAUGGAUAAAGCUUGUACAGAAAUGUUUUCAUUUAUACAACAAAUAAUACAAUUUAAAAAAAUAAACGAGGUAGUCACAACAGAAAAUUCUUGCAAAGAAAAACAAUUUUUGAAUCAUUUAUUAAACUGUAAUAAAAUUGACGAUUCAGCCAUUUUGGAAGAACUCCAAAACAUAAUGAUUACUGGCAGCGAAACUACUGCUAUCACAACUGGAAUAGUCUUAAUAGUUUUAGGAAUACUUCCAGAAAUACAGAGUAAAAUAAUGGACGAACUGGAAUCAGUUUUUGGCACCGAUGACAGGAAACCAACUUUAGAAGACAUAAACAACUUGGAGUACUUAGAACGCGUCAUAAAAGAAACUUUAAGACUAUUUCCAACCAAACCACUUAUUGCGAGAUUAGUUGACAAAGAAAUAAAACUGAACUCGCACACAAUCCCUGCUGGAAGUAUUGUAGUGAUUCCGAUUUGUCACAUUCACAAAAAAGCUGAAUUUUGGAACGAUCCAAAUAAAUUUGAUCCCGAUCGCUUUUUACCUGAAAAUAAUUCCAAACGCCAUCGUUGCUCUUUUAUUCCUUUUAGUUAUGGACAUAGAAAUUGUCUAGGCCUCAAAUACGGUAUGAUGUCAAUGAAAGUUGUAUUAUUGACCAUUUUGAGAAAAUAUACGAUUAAGGCAUCGGAAUAUCAAAAAUUAGAAGAUGUUGAACUGAUUUACAGUAUGGUAACAAAACCAACAUUGGGAUGCAAAAUCAAACUGGAGAAGAAAAAUGUAAAGGGUGAAAGUAAAAGAAGUCCUAUAAAUAAUUGUUGAAAACACAAAACCUAU